AUGGCCACAAGGGACAAUUACUCAAAGAAACCGCUUUCCAACGCCAUUCCGCUUUCCACUUCUCGCCUCAUUCUCGCCCUCCUCUGUCUCUCAUCUCUUUUCAUCUGUUUCUCUCUCUUCAAAGCCGACAACGUACAAUCCCCUUUGCUAAACCACUCGGCGGUGUCGACGAAUAUUAACUAUAAAAAGUGCAAUUAUACGGAUGGCCGUUGGAUCUACGAUCCGACUGUCAGAUCGCCGCCGCGAUACGACCACACCUGCAAGGAGAUUUUCAAAGGAUGGAAUUGCCUUGGCAGUAACAAGUCGAACGCCCUUGAUAUUGUCAAAUGGCGCUGGAAACCCGAUGGCUGUGACCUCCCGCAGUUCGAUCCUCUUAAAUUUCUUCAAGACUUCAGAGACACCAAUAUUGGGUUUGUUGGGGAUUCUUUGAACAGGAACAUGUUUGUUUCACUUUUUUGUGCUUUAAAACGAGUGUCCAGCGAGGUGAAAAAGUGGCGUCCUGUUGGAGCUGACCGUGGCUUCACUUUUAUUAAGUACAACGUAACAAUUGCAUAUCAUAGAACAAAUCUUCUUGCUCGUUAUGGUAGGUGGACGGCUAGCAGCAUUGCUGGUGUGCUGGAAUCACUAGGUUAUAAGGACGGUUACAGAGUGGAUGUUGAUAUACCUGAAGGAACAUGGGUAGAAGCUCCAAAUUUCCAUGAUAUUCUUAUCUUCAAUACAGGACAUUGGUGGUGGGCUCCUUCAAAGUUUGACCCUGUAAAAUCACCCAUGCUUUUCUUCAAGAAAGGUAUACCCGUGGUGCCUCCAGUUCCACCUCAUGUUGGUCUUGAUAUGGUAUUAUCACACAUGAUAUCGUUUGUGGAGAAAAAGGCUCGACCAAGUGCAAUCUUAAUUUUUCGAACACAAUCUCCAAGACAUUUCGAAAGAGGUGAUUGGGACCAAGGUGGUUCCUGUCCUCGUUUACAGCCUCUUGCUCCUCAAGAAGUAGAGGAACUUUUCUCUCUGAAAAGUAAUGGAACAAAUAUGGAGGCAAGACUUGUAAAUCAGCACCUGUAUAAAGCGCUGAAAGGUUCCGGUUUUCAAAUAUUGGAUAUAACACAGAUGAGUGAGUAUAGAGCUGAUGCCCAUCCAUCUGCAGCCGGUGGGAAAAAACACGACGACUGCAUGCAUUGGUGCUUACCAGGACUUACAGAUACUUGGAAUGACUUGUUUAUAGCACAACUAAACAAUUUUAAUGUUAGGAAUUAA